AUGGAGAGUUCAAUUGGGUUCAUGACGGUCUUUGCCGUCUCUGGAAGCGUGGUGCUCCUUGCUGCUCGAUUACACAAGCGUCUCUUGUCCGGUUACAUGCAAAAGCUUGAACUUCAGUUUGAUAUUGAGAAUAAGGAGAAGAACAAGAAGAAGGAGAAAAGGGUGAGUUUUGCAGAGGAUGUAAUGGAGCCGUCAGGGAACAACAAAGAGUAUCGCCGGAAUAAUAAGAAAUCAAAAUUGGAGGAUGGAGGAAAACGAAGAAGCCUACAAAAUAGUCAAGUUUUAUAA